AUGUCAUCUGCUGAGGAGUCAAGCAUAGCACCUGUAUAUACCUCGAAAUGGAGAGAUACUGUCAAGGAUCUGGUUGCGGGAGCGGCGGGGGGCGUUGCGCAGGUGGUUAUAGGACAACCAUUUGACCUCGUCAAAGUCCGCCUCCAAACCCAAGGAGGCACAAACAACAACGCUCUCUUCCUAACCCAGCAAAUCUGGAAGCGCGAAGGCCCGGUAUCAUUCUACAAGGGCUCACUCAUCCCCUUACUAGGCGUCGGCGCCUGCGUAAGCAUCCAAUUCGGCGCCUUCCACUACUUCCGCCAGCUCAUUGAGCACCACAACCACCAAACGCACCCAAACAACCCUCCAACCCCCACCCUUCCCCAAUACUACCUCGCCGGCUGCUUCGCCGGCCUAACCAACAGCAUCAUAUCCGGUCCGAUCGAACACAUCCGCAUCCGCCUACAGACCCAACCCCACGGCGCUCUCGCCCUGUACACCGGACCUUUCGACUGCGCACGCAAGAUAAUUUCGCAAGCGGGGAUUCUCCGCGGGCUAUACCGCGGGCAAGUCGCAACCCUUAUCCGCGAAGGCCACGGCAUCGGAGUCUGGUUCGCGUCCUACGAGGGGUUCUUGGGCCUUGCGGCGCAGAGACAGGGGAAAAGCAGGGAGGAGUUGCCGAGUUGGCAGAUUGCCGUGUGUGGGGGGUUGGCGGGGGAGAUGUUGUGGUUGUUGAGCCAUCCAGUCGAUGUGAUUAAGAGUAAGAUGCAGAGUGAUGGGUUUGGAGAGAUGCAGAGGUACAAAGGGUUUAGGGAGGCUGUGAGGAUGACUUGGAGAGGGGAGGGGGUGGGAGGGUUGUUUUUCGGGAUUGGACCCGCGUUGGCGAGGGCGAUGCCGGUUUCGGCGGGGACGUUUGCGGUGGUGGAGGUGGUGAGGAAGGUGUUGGUUUAG